CGAUUUCGAAUACUCAGCGUUUUUGGUUUUUUCUAGGGUUAGGGUUUUUGGAGCCUCUAUUCACAUCGGAAGCGGAAGCAAAGCGAAUCCAUGGCUGGGGGGUUCGCUGUGUCCAGUGACAGAUCACCUUAUCUGUAUAUCUCCGACCUCUCUUUCCCUUCCAUGGCGUGAAUUAGGGUUUCGACGAUUUUCCCCUUUUUUUCUGUUGCAGCAGUGCUGGCAUGGAGAUGUACAAUGGUUCUGAUAGAUUAGUCACCGAGACAUACAUGAUGCCUGGUACUGGAUUGAACCCACAGCUUGCAUCAACCCCACCUCUUGAAGAUAUUGAUUACAUGGGUAAUGAAACAGCACCAGAGGUGCUUCUCGACCAGGGCCUAUAUUAUCCCUCUGCUGCCAACUAUUAUGGGUACUACUGUACAGGAUUUGAAUCACCUAGUGAACUGGAUGACCACCAUAUGUUUUUUGGGAUAGAUGGUCAAGAUCUCCAGUCGGGUUUGCAAACUGAUGGCACACCAUAUGUAUAUUACUCUCCUAGCUAUGAAUAUGCACAGUCUCCUUACAAUCCUUACAAUCCUUACAUACCUGGUGCUGUUGGGUAUGACAGCCCAUUUAUAGGAACACAACAAUAUGCUACAGGCUCCUUAUAUCAGCAACCCAUAUCUUCACCUGCGUAUUUCCCAGUUGUUGUCCAAUCAAAUUCAGAUAUUGCACCAAACAGUUAUUCGGGUCAUUUGACUUCAAGCAAUGGUUCAACAGUUAUGAAUAGAGUUGAUAGUGCUACUUUAAAGCACACCCCUCGUGCAUCAUCUGCCAGCGCAGAUUCUAAUUUGCAGAAGUUUGGUUCAGGCUAUCCAACAUCUUUGCCUUUUGAAUCUUCUUCUCACCCACCUCAAAGCCUGUCUAAGCUAGCAGAAGGGUUAUUGAGCAACAAGACGCACAGUAAGCAGUCCUCAUCUCACGGAGCUAUAACAUCUGGCAGAAACCAUCAGGUUCCACAGGCUGGAAGUUCUGGUUCUAUUCAAGCAACACAUCGCAUCUCAAAUGAUCGAGCUCCAUCUGUUAACGACCCAUUCAAAGGUAGCUUGCUUAGUGGUAAUGGCAUUGGAAGUUUUGGAUCCAAUUCUCAUGUAUGGGAUGCACCAGACAAGUUUGGUCCUGGAAUCCAAUUUAAUAGUGCUAUUACCAAUGGGGAUAGAAAUACAAGGAUGUUGUAUGAUCAAAGUCGGGCUCCAAGGACAAACAGAUCCAAAGUUCAGAAGCCUUCAAUGAUCACAGUCAAAGCAUACAGGAACAAAGUCGGUGCUGGUGAUGCACACGGUAACAUUGUCAUUCAGACAGACAAGUAUAAUAGAGAUGAUUUUGCUCUUGAUUAUUCAGAAGCCAAGUUCUUUGUCAUCAAGUCAUAUAGUGAAGAUGAUGUGCAUAAAAGCAUAAAAUAUAACGUCUGGUCAAGCACUCCCAAUGGAAACAAAAAGCUUGAUUCUGCAUACAAUGAAGCGCAGAUGAUCUCUGCUGGGAAGCCAAGACAUUGCCCUGUCUUUCUUUUCUUUUCUGUUAAUGCAAGCGGACAUUUCUGUGGUGUUGCAGAGAUGGUUGGUCCGGUUGACUUUUCCAAAGACAUGGAAUUUUGGCAGCAAGAUAAAUGGAUCGGUAGCUUUCCUAUCAAGUGGCACAUUAUAAAGGAUGUGCCAAAUACUAGUUUACGGCACAUCAUACUAGAGAACAAUGAAAAUAGGCCUGUCACCAGCAGCAGAGACACCCAAGAGGUGCCAUAUUUACCAGGCUUGAGUAUGCUGCACAUAUUCAAAAAUAGCUCUCCGGGGACUUCUUUACUUGAUGACUUCAUGUUCUAUGAAGAACGGCAGAAAAUUAUGGAGGAAGAAAGGUCAAGGCUACCCCGCAGAGGCUACAGCAAGCCAUUUGCAUUGGCAUCCUCUGCUCAAUCCUACAGGCCCAGUGAUUCUGCUUACUUAGGUGGGCCAGCAUUGUCCCAGAAUCAACUUAAUGGUCCAGUUAAUGAGCUCUUGCAUCUGGAUGAAUAUCAAUCCCAUGUUGCAGUAGAAAAUGGAACCCAGAACAAUGCAGAACAACAAAAUGGCAUUGCUCAUCUUCCUGAAAAAUUUGGAAAAUUAGACCUCACAGCUGUUCAGACAUCGAAAGAGGUUGCAAAACAGUCAGGUGUUUUUGUUAAAGAGAAAGCUGUUCUGAAUGGUUCGGCCAAGCAGCUUUACGAAGCGGAUGGAAAAGAACCUAUUUUCCUGACAAAAAAUUCUCCAAUAACUAUCAAAAAAUCUAAUGAACUUGGUGGUCCAAAGAAGGCUGUUUCUCCAGAAUGUCAUCCAAAAGUCGACAAAGAGGACACAAGUCCUGAGUUAGCACAUACCAACGAUGUGGAAUCUGUGUUUCAGAUUGGCUCUAUCACCAUUUAUCCCGAGGGAGGUAAAACUAAUUCAUCUCUUCAAGGGCCAAGAGAGAGCUAUUCAGAAGAUGUUGUCACUGUAGGCUCAAUGCGAAUCAAGGUUAACAAGGAUGGCCAAUCUUCGCUGAUUGAAAAAUCUUGAAUUACAAGAGUGAGAUUCCAAUUCUCGACUGGGAUGGAUUGUGGCACCUCUCCAGAAAUAAGGAGAGGUUAUCAUAUUCUAUCAUUCAUAUCACUUGUAUCUUAUCAGAGGAUCCCCCAAGGGGAUAAUUGUACUUGUGUUCUUUGUUAUGGAAAUUCUUGUUAGCAUUAGGGGCGGGUUCUGACCGAGGUUUAUUUUGUUGAGUUCUUGAUUUACAUUUUUUUGUUUUUUCAAUGUUAGUGGUGUUGGGUGUAUUUUUUUGUUGGUCUUAAAAUUUGUAUUUAAGAUUCACAGGUUGUAAUCUCUUGAUAUCUUUGUGAAAACAAUAGAAGUUAAUGCGGAGGCUGAUUACAGUGUGCAAUUUUCAA